AGCAACUUUAUUUGACCAAAUGUGAAUCCAAAAAAACAAACAAACAAAAGGCCACCUUACAUUAUCCUUCACAUUAGCCAUAAACAUAGCUAACAAAUCCUCUUCCAUUUCCAGUUUUUUAGGUAUCCAUUUGUUAUUAAUUCUUGUUUUCUACGCUUUUCUUUUGUUUUUAUGCCCUUUUUGGACUUGAAUUUUACUUUUUUUAAAAAUAUUGAGGUACUUUCUAUUUUAGAAAUUGAUUUCUACAAUUUCGAUUUUUUUGAGUACUCCUCAUCGUCUUACUUCAGUUUUCUGUUGUUUUUAUGCCCAUUUGGGACUUGGGGUUUAUGUUUCUUGUGUUUUUGUGGAAUUGGGAUUCUGCAAUUUCGAGUUUUUCAGGUACCCAUUUGGUUUUCUUUUGUUUUUAUGCUCAUUUGGGUUUCGUUUCUUAUGUUUUCUGGAUCGAUCAUUCAUUUGGUGAACCAUUGUUAGGGAUUAGCUACGAAAAGGGAAUAUGUUUGGAGAAAGCAGUAAUGCCAACGCGUUGUUGUUUCGAGAUUCGUUAGAGGGGAAUCAUUUCCAGGACGAUGUGAGUGCAUUGCCUCAGAUGCAUCUGUUUGGAGAUGGAUAAGAAGGGGGAGGAGGGUGAUCAGGAGGUGCCACUAAGAGUACAAGAUUCACCAGGAGGAAGAUUCUUUGGACAAGUUGGAGAGCACGUGUGCUUGCAUCGGAUCUCGAGGUAUUGGAUUUCACGGUGGCAAGGCCUGUAUAGCAGAGACGGUCAUCUAGGUGUCACUCUGAUUAAGUUUGCUAGCGACCAAUCAGGUCUGAUGGAAGCCAUGCGGCUAGCUGAAUAUUUUGAGAAAGAUGACCAUGGGUGGUUGGGCUCGAUUUCAGCCCUUGAGAGAGUCUUCUGUUACUUCUGUUGCCCUUAGGAAAUGGUUGGCCUUGCAUGUCUUUCUUCUCUUGCAUUUCUGGCACAAGGUUAGCGGUUUUGAAGUCUAAUGGACUUGGUGAUUGUUCUUGUCCUUGUAGGUUUGAGGCUGGUAUCAUUUGGGUGUUCAAAAAAAUGGUUUCAAGGUUAAUUUUAGGAUGGUUUAUCUGCAGAUAUUAGUACGAAACUAUGCCUCAAAAAGUCGACCUGAAAACAAUAGUAUCGUAUAUGCUUCUGCACUAGUCGAUCAAAGCACUAGUCACUAGAUUGACAUUAGGUUCUGCUGCAAUUUAGACAAUAGUAUCGUAUAUGCUUUCUCCUCUUCAGGUUCAGCAGCAUCUUGCUUUUUGCCUUUCGGUAGUUUUCUUUUGCUGAUACGUUAGUUAUAGUUUCUUUAUAUACUUGAAAGGCAUUAAGACUUUUAUAUAAGCCUGCUUUGAAGGGGCUAG